AUGGCAGGUCCACCACAUCCACACAGCUACAUGGGCUGGUGGGGAGAAUUGGGUUCUCGUCCACAGAAAUAUAUUACGCAAUAUACGAUUUCUCCAUAUGCAGCUAGACCACUUAAAGGAGCUGCUUAUAAUGCCGUUUUCAAUACGUUUAGAAGAACAAAGAAUCAAUUUUUAUACAUUGCCAUUCCCUUUGUUAUAAUUUGGUCUAUCUGGGCAAAAGCCAGAGAUUAUAAUGAAUACUUGUACACUAAGGCGGGAAGAGAAGAAUUGGAAAGAGUCAAUGUCUAA